GGUCCCAGAUGACUCGGACUCUAAAUCCGGUGUGAUCCGCCAGAGGCAGAACUGUCUGGAGUCUCGUAGGAUGGAGGGCCAGGAGAUGCCCGUCCUCACAUUGGGCCCCUGCACAGCAGUAGAUGGCGUCCCCACCAGCAGUCAGGAGUGGGUGUACACUCAUGGGCAGCAGAUCCGUCAGAAGCAGCACUGCCUGUCGCUGUCGACCACCUUCCCUGCAUCGCAGGUCCUGCUGCUGCCCUGCAACAUGGCGGAUGGGAAGCAGCGGUGGCAGAAAUCCGGGACUCACUUGGAGCACAUCGUCUCUCGGUUCUGCUUGGACUCUGAGAUGGCCCUGGACGGCCUGGACUCGUCCCGCAUGCUGGUCAUCAGCCCCUGCGAACUGAGCGCGUACACACAGAGAUGGGAGGUGCCCUUUUCGUGACCAUGUGAUCCUUCACCUCCAAAGACCUGCUUCCAUAAACCGACUCUCCACUUCAGAGAGCUUUGGCCGAGCCGUCCGACCUGCACAAACUGGAGGCGUGGGAACCAUCACGGCACCGAGCUGAGGAUCACCGCAGAGGAAGAUGACGAAGAGUACGGGUCAAAGGGCUGAAAUUUGGUGAAACAAAAACAGCUGCAGGGGAGGAAAAUACAGCAACAGAUGAAAUGCAUGGAAAUAUGUGGGUUGGAUUAAAGAGUCUGUUUGACUCAGAGUGAAACUAAGUGCACCUUAAAAUCCAGACUGUCAUCGUCGGGCGAAAACAUUCGAUUAGGAGGGAAAAGAAUCCGACUUCUGUCAUGUUUACCAAAUAUUUCAGCAGCUUCAACAGUUCAGAUGAUGAUAAAGUAUAUUCAGAAUAGCUUCCUUUUAUUUGCAAAGACUUUAAGUAAAAAAUGGAAGGAUAUUAAAGCUGUUUUUAGAAAAUAUUUGUUUUGUUUCCACUUUAAAAUGAUCAGAGGAUGACCUACUUCUUUCCUUCCAUAUUUCUUGAUUUUUUUUUUUUUUUUAGCUGAUCCUAUGUUUUUAAUUUUCAGUGUUGACAGUAUAUUAAAUAUUACAAUCAUUCUGCAUUAAUGUUAAUA